AUUAAAAAUGAGUGAAGCAGCUUCUCCAAAGAAAAUCGCACCCAAGAAGAAACCUGCUGCAAAGAAGACAGCUGAUCACCCUAAAUAUGUGGACAUGAUCAAGGCUGCUAUCGCUACCCUAAAGGAACGCGGUGGUUCAUCUCGCCAAGCUAUUACAAAAUAUAUUCAUGCAAAUUACAAAGUUGCUGAAAACUCAGAUCAUCAUCUGAAAAUGGCUCUUAAACGAGGAGCAACAUCAGGCGAUUUGAUUCAAACUAAAGGCACUGGUGCUUCUGGAUCAUUCAAGCUAGGUCAGGUAAAAAAAGAAAAACCUAAGAAAAAGGCCGCAGCAAAAAAGCCAACGGCAAAGAAGCCUACUGCAAAGAAAAGUACACCAAAAAAGAAGCCAGCAAAGAAGAGCACGCCAAAGAAAGCAGCAAAGAAGCCUGCCACAAAGAAAGCCUCGGCUAAGAAACCAGCAGCUAAGAAACCCACAAAGAAGCCUGUUGCUAAAAAACCUGCAGCAAAGAAGGUCAAAAAGACUCCCAAAAAGGCAGCAAAGAAGACCGCAAAAAAAUAAUUUGUGUGUAUCUGGCUAUUACAUUAACAAACGGCUAUUUUUAUAGCCACACAUUUACAAAAAAACAUUAUCUUGGUACAAAGU